GUGAGGCGCUAUAUAAGGUGCCCGGUGUUGCGCCCGCCGCGGACACCACUUGCACACUCCAACAACGAGAUGGCUCGCGUCGUACUCCUGCUUCUGACCGUCACCGUCGCCCUGGUGGCGGCCACGAACCUGGCGUCAUUCGACCUGGCGACGUUCAAGGCCAGGUUCCAGAAGGGCACGCCCUACAUCGCAUCGGCCGUCGCCCACGUCAAGCCGUUCGUGUCCAAGAUCAACGCCCUGCAACCCGUGCAGCGAGACCGCCUGACCUCUUGCCUGUACUCGGCCGCCCUCAACGCCAAGGACAUGGACAACAGCGAAAAGGCGAUGAUCGCAGAGAUCGGCGGCUGUCUCAACGAGUGGAGCGACACUGAGAAGUCCACCAUGAGCAUCUACAACGAACUCUCCAAGAAGGUCUAGAGAGCACCAACGUCUAAUUCUUCUCCUCUCGUACGAAUUACAGGCACAUGCUAUACCAACCAAAAUAUCACUGUUCAAAAUUAAAACAGUAAAUAACAACAGAA